UUAUUAUCAUGCCUCAUCUGUGAGUCUUGUGGGUGUUACGAACAGACGCUAAACAGACCAUCGAAACUUUUUGUGGAAUAUCUACAAAUCAGCGAGUCAUGGAGCCUACUAAUUUACAGAAAGCUAUAGCUGUAGCUAACAAAGCUUCACAGGAGGAUCAGGCUGGAAAUUAUGAGGAGGCUGUAAAAUCUUAUCAGCAAGCAGUGAAAUAUUUUCUGCAUAUAAUAAAACGUGAACCACAGGGUAAAGAGGGCAAUCAGAAGAUCAGAGACACGUGCAAGCAGUAUCUUGACAGAGCGGAAGAGCUCCAAGACUAUCUUGAUAAGAAAGAGAAAGCUAUAGAUCUGGCCAAUAAGGCAUCUCAGGAGGAUAAGGCCGAAAACUAUGAAGAGGCCCUGCGUCUUUACCAACAUGCUGUUCAGUACUUCUUGCAUGUCGUGAAAUAUGAAGCACAGGGUGAUAAAGCCAAACAAAGCAUCCGAGGCAAAUGUGCUGAAUAUUUGGACCGAGCAGAGAAACUGAAAGAGUUUUUGAAGAAGAAAGAGAAAGCACCAGCGAAGCCAGUGAAGGAGUCGCAGUCCAGUGAGAAAGGAAAUGAGAGCGAUGAAGGAGAGGACCCAGAAAAAAAGAAAUUUCAGAACCAGCUCUCAGGAGCCAUUGUCAUGGAGAAGCCAAACAUUAAAUGGGAUGAUGUAGCUGGGUUAGAAGGUGCCAAAGAGGCCCUGAAAGAAGCUGUCAUUCUGCCUAUUAAGUUUCCACAUCUCUUUACAGGUAAAAGGACUCCAUGGAGGGGCAUCCUUCUCUUCGGGCCUCCUGGCACAGGCAAAUCAUACCUGGCCAAAGCGGUAGCGACAGAAGCCAACAAUUCCACCUUUUUCUCCAUUUCCUCCUCAGACCUGGUAUCUAAGUGGCUGGGAGAGAGUGAAAAGCUGGUGAAGACCUUGUUCACUUUAGCUCGAGAGCACAAGCCAUCUAUUAUCUUCAUUGAUGAGAUAGAUUCACUCUGUGGCUCCAGAAGUGAGAAUGAAAGUGAAGCAGCUCGCCGAAUCAAGACAGAGUUUCUGGUCCAGAUGCAAGGUGUUGGAAAUGACAAUGAAGGGAUCUUGGUGUUGGGAGCCACUAACAUCCCAUGGACGUUGGAUUCUGCCAUCAGAAGACGAUUUGAGAAACGUAUCUACAUCCCUCUGCCGGAGGAUCACGCCCGUGGGUUCAUGUUCAAGCUAAAUCUGGGCAGCACACCAAACAGUCUCAAUGAAUCAGACUUCAUCACUCUGGGCAAGAAGACAGAGGGUUACUCUGGUGCUGACAUCAGCGUUAUCGUCAGAGACGCUCUCAUGCAGCCUGUCAGGAAGGUCCAGUCUGCCACUCACUUCAAAAAGGCUCAAGGGGCAUCAAGGAAUGACCCAAAUAUCCUAGUCGACGACCUCCUUACCCCCUGUUCUCCAGGCGACCCACAGGCCAUAGAGAUGACAUGGAUGGAUGUUCCUGGAGAGAAGCUUUUGGAACCAGUUGUUUGCAUGUCGGACAUGCUGAGGUCCCUCACCAACACGAAGCCCACCGUGAACGACCAGGAUCUGGUGAAGCUGAAAAAGUUCACCGAGGACUUUGGACAGGAGGGCUGAUCAGAUCCGGUCUCUCCCGAAACCAAAGCAAACAGAUUGUGAUUGUAAUGUUUUCACUCUUGCCCUUCUCACGCCCCUCACUUCUGACAAACAAGCCCCCUCAGUUCAGGCCAAAGGCUAGAUGUUAACUGAAAUGUGUAAUGCUUCAAUGCUCUUCAAACCCUUUUCUAACCAUCUGUUUGGAUCUGCUCUGCCUGCAAGGCUUGAGAUCAUAUUUAUCUUUUGUCAUUCAUCAUUCCAGCCAGCUCAAUCAUUAUAAAUGUCUGUUUCUUACUAUGAGGAACACAGGUCAACAGAUCUUACACGUAUUGUACAACACUUAGAAAUUGUAUCUUACAGAUCUUACACGUCCUGUACAACAAUUGGAAAUUGUAAUGAGCUUUUGGAGAAAUACUGAUAUCAGUCUUGUUUACAAAUGCACAGAUAUCUCAAUACACAAUGAUUAAAGGAAUAGUUCACCCAGUAAAUGACAAUGUGUAUUGUUGGGUCCACUGACAUUUUACGCUCAUUGACACAUGAAGACUUUUCAGCCCCAGCUUAAAAUACGGGCAUAUGUCAUGCACUUGGAAUAGCCAUUUAAAUGGCUCCUGUUUAUUUUUGUAAAAACAUCUUUAAUGGGUGGAGGUAUUGUCAUUCCAGAGUUCUUUGUUUCAUAAAUGUAUAUAUUGGAUUCUCAAAAAAAUCACUCUUUAAAUCUGUGCAAUGGCAUUUGAUACAACACUCUGAGAUCUGCAAAAUGGGGAGUUACACCCAGGGUCCACAUUUAACAAUCUGAGGACUCUUUAGAUAUACUACAUAAGUUUUUUUUCUGCCUGCAGCGUUAUUUUCAGUGCAUUUGUCAUUCACUAACUGAGGUGUGUGCGUUACAUUAUGUGUUCAGAGGCCAAUGCUUGACAAUUUACUUGCUGAAGCUCAGCACACACAAUGUGCCUUUGCAUUUUCCCUCCUGUCUGACUCCCUCAUGCUUCAUGCAAACAGAUGCUUAGAGACUGAUGCUUAUCGAUUGCUACAUAGCUAUGUUUUUAUAGGCAGAAAGUUUGGGAAUGAUUGGAUGAUAUUUGCACAUUUCAUUUAUAACUUUACAACUAUAUCUCAAACUGUACACAACUCCAAUAAGACAUUUUACUAUUAGAAUAACAAUAUAGAAUGUUUGGUAUGUUUUAAGGUCAAAUCCUGUUAAACAGACAGUUUCCUGUUUAAAAAGUGGUCAGGAUUUGGUUGAACUUAUUCAUUUUAUUAUUCACAUGUAAAUAAAGGUUGAAA